AUGAGGCUGAUCAUAAAACGCUCUUCAGGAUACGUCGAUAACGACCCGGAGUUCCUGGAGCAGAUUGAGGACACCUUGCGACGCGAGAUCGAGUACAACGAUCGUAGCUUGGAUGUUGUUAUCGUACAUUCGCUAGCAGGAGGAACGGGAGGCGGCCUUGGCAGUAGAGUGAUGGAGAUGGCCCGAGAGCAGCUAGGAAGGCAUGGUUUACUCACUGCCCUCUCUAUCGUAGCUGAUCCCCUUGGAGGGAGUCCAAUGCGGUCCAUCAACGAAGUUCUCGCUUUGCAACGGAUAGAAGAGGUUUGUGACUUCGGAAUCUUCGUGGAGAACAGCAGCUUCAAGGCUUCCUCUGUGAAGGAACUCAAUAGCAGGAUUGCUACGGCGAUCUUGGACACGCUGCAGAGCAGGAGUGGUCUUGGUCUCGACGAUUUCCAAUGCGUCGUUUGCCCAAUGCCAACCCUCAAGUUCGCACAUGUUUACUCUUCGAAGAAUCUAGAGAGCCUGCGCAUGCACCUCCCUGCAGCGCGUCUGCCAAAUUCACUCAUAGCAGCAAGAGCUGUGGUGAGUUCAGCUGCAGAAUCGUCUGUAACUGAGAAGAUCAUUUCAUGCUUGGGAGGAAGGGUGUCUUGGAAUGGGCCCUAUAACGUCGACUUGAGACGGCGUCUCCCCCGCUCAAAGACAGACAAUCACGGGAUAAGUUUGGCUGUGAAUUGGACGUAUACCGCGAGGAUGGUCAACGAGCUCCUAGAAAAUGCUACCGAGAAGGCUCGGCAUGGAGCCUUCAUGCAUCACUUCAAUACGUACGGUAUCGACCAGGACACUAUCUUCGGAGCGAUCCAAGCGGUUGAACAGACAAUUGUGACACCUUAUGAGAUGGCUUCUACGAAUUGA